AGUAAGAGCGAAUUUAUUAUAUAUAGUAAUAUAAUCUACUAUUUAUUAACUAAAAAUAAGCGGGUAACGAAAAGUAUACUAAUAUUAGAAGUAUAUAGUAUAAUUAACGGCAUUAACCUCUCUUAUAUAAUUUUAAUAACGCUAAAAAAAAUUAUUAAUUAA